AUGUUUUUAGCAUAUUCGCAUAUUUUAGGACUCAAUGACAUAACGAAAGCAGACCUACAAUGGAGCGUCCUUCUUCCGUGCCAGCAGGGCUUCAUCUCCCUCGUCCGCCAUCCCCCUUCAUGAACCGAGGAAAUGCGGUUGGAAAGGAGGAAACUUCCAAGUUUGCCCCACCACAGCUGAUGGCAGAUCUGAAGAAAGCGAACUUUAGUCUGAAGCUGAAGAUAUAUUACCUGGAGACAACUCUGAGCAAAGUGUCCGGAACAGAACAGUUUGAUGUCCUCACUGAGAAUGUUCAGCUAAAAGUUGAAAAAGAAAAUCUGGCAAAAGAAUUAUCUACAAACAAGGAGCUCCUCAUAAAAGCCUCAUCUGUGGUGGACAGCUUAUCUUCAAACCAAGGGAACCAACAAAAGGAGGAUCCAAGGCUUGCAGAGGAGAAUGAAGAGCUACAAAAACUCAUCAAUAAUCUUGAAAAUGAGCUGUUGACAGCGCGCCAGGACUCAGAGGAGAAGUCGGUGGAGCUGGAACAUGUUCACGCUGAUUGUAUGCUACUGGAGGACCAACUCCUCCUCAAAAAUGAGGCACUGCAAGAGAAAGAAGAGAAAGGAGCUGAUGUUAACGAGGACCUUGAGGCUCUUCAAGCUCAGCUAGCAGCUCAGGAACAUCUUUAUCAGACGGAGACGGAUGAUAUGAAGAAGGAACUGGAAGAUGUUAGGGAGGUUAUGAUUAAGACGCAUGAGGAGAAUAUCGGCCACAGACUGACUCUCGCUGAAAAGGAAGAGUCCAUCAAGGAUCUGACAGACCAGCUCUCUCUUUGUCCACAUGGGACAUGUUGUCACGGGGACAAAGGAGGAGACGAAUCCAGUGAAGCAGGAGAUAGUCGGUCUAGUCUGCUCGAGGCGCUUAGUAACUUUACUUCUACUAAUGCUAGAUUAGAAGAAGAGCUGAACAGUAUGGAGAAUACAAACACGGAACUGAAGAACAUGAUAAACACGUUAAACAACGAAAGGGAGGCCCUUCUCGAACAGUUGGGAGAUAGGGAUGAGUUACAGCAAAAAUUGAGAGACUACGAAAUGGAUAUGGAACAGCUUCGUCAGGAAAUGCAUGAGCUGAGGCUGGCAGACUCUCCAGACAGAAUGAGCGAACUUGCUGAACUAACGGCAGAUCUGGCUGCUGCAAACGAAGAGAUUGAGGAGCUUCGACACAAUCUAGCUCAGGCUAAAAUCAACAAUGAUAUCUCUAAGAACGAGGCUGCCAUACUGAGAGGUAACAUCGAGGAGACAGAACAACAGAGACAGGAGGAUGAACACAUUGCCAAGUCUCUUAAACAGAACGUGGAGAAACUUUCCAAGGAAAACGCGGAGUGCUCCAAAGAAAAUACCCUUCUCCAGCAAGAUAACGAAAUGUUUAGGGAGAAAGUCCAGGAUUUAAACAAAGAAAUAUGUGAACUGAAGGAGGAAGCAAGAGGGCUCCGUAAAACUAGCGACAUUGUAAAUGAGAGCAAGGUUAACGAACUUAACGAGGAGAUCCUCUCCCUCAAACAGAGUCUCUCUGACGCUAAUGAGGACCUCAAAUAUUGCAAGGAAGACAUGAAGACGUUAGAAGGGGACUAUGAGCGGACCACAGAGGAACUAGAGCUACUGGAAGAGGAGUUGAAAGAGGGCGAGGUCAGGAGAGUGACCCUGACUGACGAACUUGAUGAACUCAAAGAGGAACUCCUCAAAAUCAAGAGUCAAGGACAUGAGGAAAAGACGAGGUUGAAGCACGAGAAGAGUAAGGCCCAGCAGGAGUUGGCAGAUUACAGGAAUCAGGUUUCGGAGCUGAUUAAUGAGAGAGAAAAGAUGGAUAAAAACUUAAAGCAAUUGAACACUGACAAAGGAAAAGCAUUGUUUGAGGUAAAGAAACUUGAAUCAGACAUGGAGAAAUUGAGAAAAUCCAACCAGAAUAUUGAAGGAGAGAUAGAACGGUUGAAGGAGGAGGAAAAGAAGAGGAUUGCAGAAAAAGAUUCGAAUAUGGGCGCUCUCUCCGCACGGAAAUCUUACAUGGAGGACAGGGUUAAAGAGUUGCAAGACACCAAACGCUCUCUUGAGGACUCCGUGUUAAGUUUGAAGGAUCAGCUCUCCACCACUCCCUUACCUGGAAACUUGUAUGAUAAUGUCAUCUACGAGAACAUUGAUAAUAUAGACCCUGAUACUGGAGAAGAUGAAGGGGAUAAGUUGAAGGAUACGAUUAUUAGUGAAAUAAAAUCUGAGCGCGACCAUCAUCGACAGGAACGCAAGGAUCUCGAAAAUGAGCUGCGACGAAUACACGAGAUGAUUCAUGAUCUAAUUCGGCAGCUACACCGCUACAAUAACGACACCCACAACCCUCUUCAACUGGCCAUGCACGACGAAGAUUUCCUGGUGGAGUCACUUAAGGACGCAAUAGAACUAGUCGUGAACGCUUUGAUCGGGUCACGUGACAGACAAGUAUCCAACACGUCCUCUCUACAAACCACCAGUGGGGUUAUUUCCUGCAGUGACAAUGACGUCACUGAUCUCCACAGACGAUACGACCGUCCGGAGGAUCUUGCAGCACUACAACGAGAAAACUCCUUGCUGCAUUCUAACCUGUUAGAGAGUAGAGAGCUAAUAGCCGCACUCCGGAAGGAGAUGAAGGACUUGUUAGAGAAACUAAACUCUACUAACUCCGAAGAUAGACAUGUUAGGGAUAUGUUAGUUCAGAUUAAUAACCUGAUCUCAACAAGUUUGCUGCAGUCCCCCGAAAAACCCAGUAACGGGUACAGUCUCGCAAAUAGUCACGAUCAACAUGAGUACAGCAAUGUCGACAUUAAUGGUACUGAUAUGGCAUCAGAUCACAGAAUGACUGCUCAGAGACUCAAAAUUAAAGAGUCUCGUCUUUCAGAGUUAGAAGGGAAACUCAAGCAGUCCGUACAGGAGCUGUCAAAUACAGAAUGUAAGUUGACUGCCACGCAAUCCAAGUUAGCGGUGGCUGAACACAAGAUUCAAGGGCUGGAACAGAGACUUCACAAACAAAAAUCUAGGCCUUCCGAUACAAGUUCGUCGCUGCUCCUAAACCAGAAGAUGGACUCGUUACAGCAGCAGCUGCAGAGCACUGAGGGCCUUCUCCGGGAGAAGAGUAAACUAAUUCGUGAUAAGAACGAGGUUAUAGAUAGUUUACUUGACGAGAAGAGGAGCAGGUCCCGCUGUGAGGACUGUGCCAAGCCGAGAUAUGGUGCCGCUGAUGACGUCACACAUAACGCUACACAUAAUUUGACACAUAAUACCACGCAUACUUCUACACAUAAUCAUUCCUAUGGCAACGCCUACAAUUCUACUACAUACUCUCCCCGUUCCUACUCGCCUCACAACCUGACUCCCUCUACAAUGCAAGUAUCGGACUACAUCUUGUUGUGUGCUUCUAACUGGUUGGACGAACUGCCAGAACUUAUGAGAGCUCUCAGAAACGCUGUCCACAACAGCCUCAUCGACUGCAAAUCCGUUCAGACGAGAGUGAACGAGAGGAAGGCAACAUGGGCGAUGACGGAGGUAUCCAGACUGUCUACAAGACUUGAUGCAGUGUACAGGCUCCUGCAGCACGUGGAGAACUUGUCUUGUCAGCAGCCACCCUCCAGACUCAUGCACUCUCUUCAGCAUGAUGUACAAUCCAAAGAUCACGAGAUCAAGUCCCUGAACGACAAACUCCUGAAACGCAGCAAAGACGUUCAGAAACUAAGAUCAAGAGUAGAAGAACAGGACAAACAGAGAAUUAAACAGAAGAUGUUCAAGAAUAACCUGGCUGGACUGAACCCGUCCAUCCUCAGCAAAGUUAUUGACACGGAAACAGUGCUGCGGGAGGCCCACAAGUCACUUGAGAAGCGGAUGAUCGCUAAGGAGAACCAUUAUUCGUAGUAGACUGAUCCCAAUUAGAUAUUUGUAGCUCCCGUCUUGUGGAUAUUAGUACAGGGAUUGUCCAAUUGUUGCAGAAUAUUCGUGUUCGACUAUUCAGAGUCGCUCUGUAAAUCUUAGAACAGUGAAGAUUGGUGCUUGCAACUAAAUGAUACAAUUUAUGAUUACCUUAGGGUUUGCCGUUUUAGUGUCGGGUAUUGAUACUAUCAUAUUAUGUUCUGUCGAUUAAACUAAACUAUUUGUUAUGAGCUCAUAUUGCCAUGAAUGGUAGGAACCAUUGUGGAUAGCAUGAAUAUUUGAAAGUUUGGUUGAUUACGAGAUAAUCUAAAUAGCGAUUUUAAUAUCUUAUAAUUCUGUUUGUUCAGAACCAAGGAGACAAUAUUUUAAAUUAUUUGUUUUUUGUACAGAAAGCGGAAAUGAUACCUUAUUUUAUUCUGUAUUUGUAGAUAACAUUUUAACAAUGCAAUUUUCAACAGCUA